AUGUAUUCCCUGCGCAGCACAGGAAGUUUGCAGCUCGUAGAUGAGGACUCACCAGCAGCAGAAUAUGCCAAACUUGUGGAGUUUGAGGACAAGUUCAGAAGUCCAGAUGAUCAAGUUACACUUCAGGGUAAGGUUGUCCGAACCAUAUCCAGGCACUGUUCUGCUGCCAGAAUUCAGAAAGCAGUCUUGCAGGUGUUCCCCAUGAUUGAAACUAUCCGUACCUACAGUCUCACAGAUCUACCCAGUGACAUCAUAGCUGGGAUCACAGCUGGGGUUAUGAUGAUCCCUCAGGGGAUGGCCUAUGCUGCCUUGUCCACCCUGCCACCAAUUGUUGGUCUGUACAUUUCCUUUUUCUCAUCAGUGACUUACUUUGUGUUUGGCACUGGCAAACAGCUGUCCUGGGGUUGCAUCGCCAUUCUGAGCCUGAUGGUUGCCACAGUGUUAGACAAGUAUGACAGCACGCUCACUGACAAGUUGCCAUCUGUGUGUGUAUCUACAUCAGACACUGUGUUGCCACCAGCAUGUGGCUAUGACACUGUGCUGCAUGCAGCAGAUGCAUGGAAUGGUUCUACUCUUACUGUCAACAUGAGCACAGAUUUGGCCUUGCCCUUAAAUUGUUCAGAUACGCUCAUGACCUCACAACCAGCACUGAAUGGGAGUUUGGAGAGGGCGCAGACUGCACGGAGACUAGAGAUCGCCAGCGGUGUAUCAGUCAUCUCAGGAUUGGUAUUUAUUCUUGCUUCCAGGUUCGGUCUGAGCCACAUCGCAAGUGUCAUGUCCAACUCUCUGAUCACCGGCUUCACUGUGGGCAUAUCUUUCCAUGUCAUCACCAGCCAGAUCAAAAUUAUCUUUGGUCUCUCAGUCCCACGAUACACUGGCCUAGCAGCAUUGCUGAAAACAUGGAUCUCCAUUGGACGGAAACUUCCGGACACUAACCUGGUCACUUUGCUGAUCUCGACCAUCUGUAUUGUGCUAAUCUAUCUGGUGAAGAGGUGUAUCAAUGAUAGGUACAAGAAACAGCUGAGGCUGCCAAUCCCCAUUGAAUUGCUUGUGGUGGUCGCUGCCACUCUUGUUUCCCAGUUUACACAUUUACAUGAACACUUCAAUGUCACAGUUGUUGAGACAGUGCCAGUCGGUGUCCCAGCACCCAGAUUUCCAGAUCUGCUCCAGGUCAUUGACUAUAUAGGAGAUGGUAUGAUCAUCAUCGUAGUUGCUUAUGCACAGACUUUGGCAAUGGCCAAAACACUUGGUUUCAAGAAUAACUAUGUUGUGGACUCGAACCAGGAGAUGCUAGCUUGUGGGAUGUGCUCUGUAGUGUGUGGCCUGUUCUCUGGCUAUAUCCCAGGGGCAUCUGUGUCUCGCAGUUUUGUUCAGGAUGGAGCUGGAGGGAAAACCCAGCUGGCAUCCUUGGUUGCUGCUGCACUUGUUCUCUUGGUCAUUGUGGUCAUGGGACCAUACUUCUACUACCUGCCAAUGUGUGUUCUAUCUGCAAUCAUUGUUGUCAAUCUCCAGACUGUGUUCCUCAAGUUGUUAGACAUCCCCAAGGAAUGGCGCCAAUCCAGAUAUGAUUGCAUAGUGUGGAUGUGUGCCUGCAUUUCCUCUGUUGUUUUGAAUGCUGAGGUUGGACUCCUGGCUAGUGUGUUAUUGUCACUGUUCUUGGUUGUUUUCCGAACUAUAUUUUCUCCUGUAGAAGAGGUCGGGCAGAUCCCCAUCAGCUCCUUGUCAUCAGAGUUGAGAUCUCUAGAGAAAUACUCCAGCAGUUUGGAAAAUCCUGGUUGCUGCUGCGAACUUGUUCUCUUGGAAUCAGUUAAAAUGGAAAACUGA